AUGGCUUUCCCCAACACUUAUGGGCUCAUCUUUGCUUGUACCUGUGGCAUUAUCCUGGGCAUUGGACUCUGUGCCAACCUGCUGGUAUUCUCUCUGUUUGCCAAACACAACUCCUUACGUAAAAACCGACUGGAUAUCCUACUCCUGAGCAUGACCCUGGCAGAUUUCCUCACUCUUCUGCUCAUCCCUUUCACCCUGCACUCAGCUGUCAGUUAUUCGUGGCCUCUGGGUGACAUCUCCUGUAAAGUGUACCAGUUCCUUCUGGCUUUCAGCCUGGCAGCCAGCACUUAUUCACUGUGUGCUGUGUCAAUGACACGUGCCAUGAUCAUCACAAACCCCUACCAGCCACCCACAAUGGACCUGGUCAUCUUUAUGUUUGUUCUGGUUUGGGCUUUAAGCUUCUUUAUUAGCCUACCACUGCGGAUGUUUGCCACCAAAGAGAGCUUGAGUCCAAGUCUGGCCAACUUCACCUUCUGCCUUCCAACUAUUCAUGAGCAUCACUACCAAGUGGUGCUCAGCCAGUUUGUACUUUACUACUUUAUUCCAAUGCUGGUCAUUGCCUUCAACUAUGUGCGCUUGGCUGUUUUUCUUCACAAGAGCCCUGUAAUGUCAGUGUCAAGUGCCAGGAACACCCGGCGUGCCUCUCUCAUGGUGUUCCUGGCUGCUGCUACCUUCUCUGUGUGCUGGCUGCCUGGCUAUGUUCUGGAGCUGUGUGUUUACCUGGGGCAGUAUCGACACGGACAGGCCUGGGAGAUCUUCUAUUUCAUCUGCACAGUGCUGCAGUACCUGCACCCCUGCAUCAACCCGGUGCUUUAUGUGCUUCUCUCCAAGCGCUACCGCCACCGGAGGGCGAUCUGUCUCUUCAACUGCAACAGAAACAGAGUACAGCCACAAGUCAUCAGUGUCACUGACAGCCUUUAG